AUGGCUACUGAGGGGGAUGUGGAACUGGAGUGGGAGACUGAGACCAGUGGUCCUGAGCAGCCUCCCGAAAAGCCUCGGAAGCAUGACAGUGGUGCAGCAGACCUGGAGCGAGUCACCAACUAUGCAGAGGAGAAGGAGAUCCAGAGUUCCAACCUGGAGACGGCCAUGUCCGUGAUUGGAGACAGACCAGACAGACCAGCCCGGGAACAGAAAGCCAAACAGGAGCGGGCGAAGGAACUAGCAGAAGUCACCAUCAAGAAAGAACAUCGGGAGGGAGGGGACAAACACAUGGAGCUCUCCAGAGCAGCCGGCCGGAGCUUGCAGGAGUGCAUGGGCCAUGUGCUGGAGACUCUUAUUGCACUGACCAUCUGGUUCAUAGAUGCCACUGGAUUAAUAUUGCGCAGUGGAAAUGAAUUCAUUUCCAGACCUGAAAGGUAA